AUGGACGCGGUUUGCCAUUUCUUUCGGACCAAUUAUAUAUUGGCCAACUGCGAGGAUGUCAUUCGAAAGAAGGGAUUCACCCUAAAUCUAUCCCAUUACCAAAUGGACGAAUUACCGGAGAUAAUUGAGCACUGUGAAACGUUGAUGAAGCUCUUUCUCAAUCAGAAUAAGCUAACAAAGGUACCCUCCAGUCUGGGCAACUUAAUGCGCUUGCAGGUCCUGGCACUCGACUAUAAUAAGCUCGAUGAAUUUCCCGAUUGUGUUUGUGAACUAGUUCGAUUGAAAUUCCUAAAUGUUAGCUGUAAUAAUAUCAUAAGAUUGCCCCCGCAACUGGGACAACUUACGGCUCUGGAGACUUUCUGGUGCAAUAAUACGGGUCUCCGUGCGUUGCCCGUUGAAAUAUCGAAUUGCGAUCGCCUUGAAACGCUGGGAGUGCGAGGAAAUUGUUUGCGCAAGCUACCCGAGGAAAUAGGAAAAUUAUCGGAGCUACGUUGGUUUACCGCAGAGAAUAAUGAUAUAGUAGAGGUGCCGAAAACAUUGGGUAUGUUGCAGAAUCUGGUACAUCUGAAUCUAAAGAACAAUCGUUUGAAACGGCUGCCGCGCAUGUUAAUUGUCAUGCCCAAACUGAGAUUCGUAUUCCUCAAUGACAAUCAAAUUGACCAAAUGCCAAAUCGCGCAGACCUGGAACAACUAAAAUAUCUGCGCUUGCUGAACCUAUCCAUGAAUCCAAUAAGCAUCCAGCCUGAGAUGCAGGAGCUGGCAGGACAUUUGAUGAAUAUUUAUGUGGAGUCUUUAGAUGACUCGCAUCAGGGACCCAUCAACGGCAAUCUUUUCAAUACCAACAGUGACGCACUGCCCAAUGUACAGGAAGAUCAGGAUCAAGAUUCAUCAUCGGAUUGGGCUAACAGUGCAAGGACUAGCCAAUUGGAUAGUUCCGAUGAGAGCACAUUGGAGAAUACCAUCGAAGAUUUAAGCGUCAUGCUGCCCGAAAUGUCUCGCUUUGUAACAACAUUUUAAGACUAUUAAUCAAAAUAUAUAAAUCUGUU